AUGGAUACCCGCGCCCCACCAGCUGGACCACCUCCCCGAUAUAACUUUAUGCAACGGGUGUAUCGUUACAACCUGCGACCUGUUGCGCUCACAUGCUCUGUUCUUGCCUGGAUCUGGACACUGCUGGCUAUCCGAUCUUUCCAGUCUGUAGCAGGGGACCGAGCCAGCUUUUCGAGAAUAGUUGCAUUUGAUAUCACAUUGGGCGUCUUGUACAGCGUGGCAUGCCUGAUAGAGACGUUUGGAUUCUUUGCUAUGUUGCGUCAGCACACAAAACUUGUUGGUCUUUACUCAUGGGCAUCCGUUGCCGGCGUGGCCGUUGUCCUGGCCGCCGAAGUCAUCAGAAUCAUUAUUCAUUUUACCCUGAAACGCUCCCUGAUUGACGAAUGCACGCGAGAAAAUACUGGAGACAUUGUAGUCUCAAGGCACGGCUUUUGGGAUCCCGUCACGACCUCCACCCUUAGUGAGAAACAGGCUCGGGAAUGGUGUAGCGAUGCCUGGAGCCGUGGCACUUUCAGUGACUUUGCCUGGUUCAUUGUUUCCGCUCUGCUUGGCGCCAUGUUUGUAUCGGUAAAUUUCGCCUACUGGCGUCAGCUUCUCGACCCAACAUCUGUAGUCUCGCGCUAUCCUCGUGCCCCCUCAGAGCGGUACGGCAUGGGUGCAUUACCUCAUCACCCACAGCCAUACAACCCUUACGCCCAGCAACAGUACAAUCCCUACUCUUACGGCCAGCCUGAUCCAUUUGCUCGUUCCGAUUACGCCCCCCCUUAUGAUGCUCAGAAGCUACCCGGAUAUAGCUCGCAUGGAUUUGACAAUCAAGAGCCGCGGGACGACAAAGAUCCCAACGGCCCACGCCCCCCGGCAUGA